GUAAAAUCCCAAAAUAUUCAAAUUUCUUAAAAGAGAAACUUGCUCAUAGGUUAAUCAGUUUGCUUUUUGAUCAAAAGAAAAAGGCAAAACUUCAUAGAUUGGUAAGAAAAUUACUACUUCACUUGUCCCAUAAGCAACACCCUUCCUAUAUCUUAUUAGGCAUUAGGCCUUAAACCCCACAAGCUUCUUCUUUCUUCUCCUUCUUCUUCUUUUUCUCUUCUUCAAGCCUCGAUAUACAUCAUUGCAGCCACCAUCAUGAGAGUGAAAGAAACAGGAAAGGGUUUUGUGGUUAUAUUAAUGGUGAUGAUACCAAUAGUGAGCUGGGUUGAUGCAACAAGCAGGCCUAUUGCUUCCAGUCACGUUUCUUUUUAUCCAGAGAUAAUAAAGCCGCAGGCUGCAGAAGAAAACUCUAGGAGACGCAUUUUGAACCCCAAUGAGAAUAAAGAAGAGAUAGUGAAAAGAAGAAGAAGAAUAGGAUCAAAGCCACCAAGUUGUGAGAAAAAAUGCUAUGGAUGUGAGCCAUGUGAAGCAAUCCAAUUCCCUACCAUUUCUUCAAUCCCUCACCUAUCUCCUCAUUAUGCUAAUUACCAACCUGAGGGUUGGAGAUGCCAUUGUCCUCCUCCUUAACUAAUCAUUCUCUCUUUUUGUAUUCCUUACUUAGACACAGUAACAUAUUAUAUGUUCACAACAUGUAUCUGUUUUUAAACUAUUAUCAUCACUCAUAUCAGUAAUGUAGACUUGUAGUAAACUAUAACGUCAAAGAUUUUUUAUCAAACUCAA